AUGUUCCUCACUGUCAAGCUGCUCUUGGGCCAAAGAUGCAGCCUGAAGAUAUCUGGAAAAGAAAGCGUGGCCAUGAUGAAGAAGCUGGUGUCUCAGCGGCUGCAGGUUCCCGAGGACCAGCAGCACCUGAUGUUCCGUGGCCAACUCCUGGCUGAUGACAAAUACCUCUCAGAUUACAGCAUCAGGCCCAAUGCCUCCAUCAAUGUUGUCAUGCAGCCUCUGGAGAAGGUCACACUGAACAAGGCCCACCAAUCCCAGCCCCUGUGGCACCUGCUAGGCCAGGUCUUAGCCAAACACUUUGGGCCCAAGGAUGCCAAUGCAGUGCUGGGGUUGUUGAGGGAAGAGCAUGAGGAGCGCCUGCAGAGACUGAGUCUGGAGGCCCUGGAGCAGCUGGUGGGCCAACUCCUGGCAGAGCAGCAGCUUGAGGAGCUGGCAGAGGAGGAGGAAGCAGCCCCAGCUGUGGCCUCAGAGCUCCAGCAACAUGAUGAAGGAGGAGGAGAAGAGGAAGAAGGAGAUGAUGAGGAGGAGGAGGCGGAGGCUGAUUAG